AUGCAUCAGCGCAGUUGUCAAGUGAUACAUGGCCUUAACGACGAGCUUUGUGCAGAUCUUGAGGAGCAAAUAACUACGGAUAACAGCGUAAAUAUUUCAGAAAUUGAACACAACGGCAAUGAUAUUAAUACAGUUAAUUACGAUAAUUUUCCUGAACUGAAGAAAGGCAUAAAUCUCCCGAAAAAUGAUUCUGAAUGGUCAACGGCUAAUGAUUAUUUUAAAUGUGCACUCCAGCCAAGUGAUCCAAUCACAUUGCAAGAUCUAAAUUCAAAAAUCAAGCUUUUAAAUGACGCGAUAUACAGCUACUUUGCAAAUAAUUAUGGACAUACUGAAACUGUACCCGACAAAAAUAUGGGAGCUAAAUAUAAAGAGUAUACGGUUAAAGAGUUAAAGAAAGCUUUACAAAAUUUAAAAUCCAAAAAGGGUGAACUCAGUGAAAUUAAAUACGUAUCGCGUACAUUGCGCGACAGGCUCCGUAACAAUGGCAACGACGCCGAUGACUUAAAUGACAGUGAGUCGUUUAAUCACAACAAAUAUCUGGAACGAAGCUUUUGGGACUAUGUUAAAAAUAUAAUCAAUAGAAAAGACGCAGUAUUACCAUCAUUUAUCAUGACUGAUUGCCUUUCUUAUUUCUCUAAAUCUCUGGCUAAAAUUAAUCCUAACAAGCUAUUUGUAAUUCCCAGCUGGAUUCCAAAGUUAUCUGAUCCUGCAGUUCAAUUUAACCUUGACCCCCCGACCUAUCAACAAAUUACAAAUGUUAUACGCAAAAUGAAAUCGUCUGGUUCUCCUUGCCCUCUUGAUCAACUUUCUAUAAUAAGUUUCAAGCAUUGUCUUUAUCUGAGAACUUACCUUACUGAGCUAAUUCACGAUAUUUGGCUAUCUGGAACUGUCCCAACUGAGUGGAAAAGAGCAUGUACCAUACUAAUCCACAAGAAAGGCAACAAUAAUGACCCUUCAAAUUUCCGCCCCAUAACACUCGAAUCCAUACCUUUAAAAGUAUUUACAUCUUGUCUCCGAAACGCAGUAUACUCCUUCCUCGCAUCUAAUAACUUCGUCGAACACAACAUACAAAAAGGCUUCACCCCCAACCUAUCUGGCACUCUAGAACAUACUGCGCAAAUGGCUGACAUUAUUAAUAAAGCUCGGAUCAGACAACGCUCUGUUGUCAUCACCCUACUUGAUCUUAAGAAUGCCUUCGGCGAAAUCCAUCACAACCUCAUUCAAUCCGUACUUGACUACCACCAUAUCCCUGAUCAUAUAAAAUUUGUUAUAAAAAGUUUAUAUACUGAUUUCCAAACCUCGAUAAUUACCUCUGAAUUCCGCACUCCUUUUAUGACAGUUGGCCGUGGCGUAUUGCAAGGAGAUUGCCUCAGUCCUCUUCUUUUUAACAUGUGCUUCAAUACAUUCAUUCAGCAUAUCAAGGCUGAAAAGUACCGUCAAUUUGGGUUUUCCUUCAAAUUACUAAAUCCCAUCCAUUGGUUCCAGUUUGCUGAUGACGCGGCUGUAAUUACUGGCCAAGAAUCCGAAAACCAACAUCUAUUAAAUCGAUUUUCUAUCUGGUGCCAAUGGUCCGAUAUGAUUAUCCGAGUUGACAAAUGCAGUACCUUUGGCAUUAAAAAAGCGAUCACAAAAUCAGUUCAGUACUUGCCAAAACUCCUCAUCAGCAAUCAACUAAUACCAAAAAUCACCAUUGGAGAAUCAUUUCAAUAUUUAGGACGUUACUUUGAUUUCCACAUGUCGAAUGAUAAUCACAAAACUGAACUAACCACCCUACUUAAUGAACUAAUGUCUGAUAUUGACUCAAAGCCACUACACCCCAAAAAUAAACUGCUCCUCUACAGUCGCUACGUCUUGUCCAAGUUAGCCUGGCACUUCACCGUCGCAACACUCUCUAAAACAUGGGUUACUGAAAAUAUCGACUCUAUUGCCAACAAAUAUAUCCGCAGAUGGCUUGAAGUACCAAUAUCAGGAACACUAAGUACUGUCUUUCUAACAAAUAACAAAUUUGGCCUGAGUAUUUAUCCUCCAUCUGUAAAAUUUAUCCAGUGUCAAACAGUCCUCCGAAAAGCUUUAAAAUCUUCUCCUAAUGAAUCAACUAACGACCUGUGGAGAGCAACCAGUAACCAUACUAAUAUCCAAUAUGACGCUUAUAACUCUACUAAGGAAGUUCUCAAAGAUUUCCGUUCUGGACACGAAAACAAACUCCUAAACCAAUUAACCAGUCAAGGAUCCUUUUUCUGCAGCGUCACGAAGUUCGCUUUACCUCAGCUUAGCAAGGUGUGGUCCGUCGCCCAAUCAAAGCUCCCGAAAAACAUUUACAACUUUACCAUUCGUUACAUUAACAACUCUCUUCCGACGCGAAAAAACCUAAACAGAUGGGCAAUAUCUUCAAAUUCAGACUGUUCUUUUUGUCUUAGCCCUGAAACAUUACUACACAUAGUAGCUGGAUGUCAGUUUUAUCUCGACCGAUUUACGUGGAGACACAAUUCAGUCCUGAACUUUCUUGCUCAUCAGUUACAAACUGUUGACGGUUCUACUCUCUACGCCGACCUAAAUGGAUUCAAAAGCCCUUCAAUACUUACUGGUGAUACGUAUCGCCCAGAUUUGUUAUUAUCGUGCUCAAAUGGUUCCUUAUAUGUGGUUGAACUCACCACUGGUUAUGAGACAAACCUCAAAAACAACGUAAAACGGAAGAAGGAUAAAUAUAGAGAAUUAUUGAGACAGCUAGGUAAAAAUUUUAACCAAGUUAAAUUUAUAAAUCUCUCCAUCAGCUCUUUAGAUAUUUUUGCAGAAGAAUGUUAUACAUUUUUAGACAUGUUAGAUAGUAUUGGUCUUGACAAAAACCACCAAAUGUACUGCGUUAGGAAAAUGAUGACUAUUGCUAUUAGAACUACAUAUUACAUUUUUUGUUGCCGAAAUAAGGAAUGGGAAAAUCCGGAUUUUCUAACAAUUUGACUUAUCUCAUUGUAUAUAUAUAUAUAUAUAUAUAUAUAUAUAUAUAUAUAUAUAUAUAUAUAUAUAUAUAUAUUGCACGCACUUUGUUCUGUUAUUUUAGUAUAAUUGUGAUUCAAAUAGCCAACCGUAAGUUACCUUUAUGAGAGAGAUUUAUGAUUGUAUAUGUAUGUAAAGAAAAACAUUUAAUAAAGUUUCCAUUAUUAUUAUUAUUAUUAUUAUUAUUAUUAUUGAAAAUAAACUUAGGGACCGUUUGAAAUGUCAAGGUUCCUUUUUCGAAAAUGUUUCUAAAUUCUCCCUAUCACAACUUAACGCAACCUGGUCGGUAAGAACCAUAGUAGAUGGGCAAUUUCAUCAAGUUCCGUCUGCUCGUUCUGCUUACACUCUGAAUCACUUCUACACGGUGUUGCCGCUUCUCAACAUUACUUGGAACGAUUUACGUGGAGACACGAUUGCAUACUAAAGUUUCUUGCAAAGGUUCUAGUAACAGUAAAAAUAUUCAGUAUGACGUUAAUAACUCCACUAAGCAAGUUCUUAGGGACUUUCGCUAUGGACAAGAGGAUAAACUGCAUACUCAAUUAACUUGUCAAGGUUCUUUCUUCACUAAUUUAACAAAGUUCUCACUUUCUAAAAACUCACUAAGAUUUGGUCUGCGUGCCUAUCGAACCUCCCGAUAAAUAUAUUCCACUUUACAGUACGAUACAUCAAUAUCUCCCUUCCAACGCACCAAAACCUUGCAAGAUGGGGUUUAUCACCGACUUCAGACUGUUCGCGAUGUCUAGCUCCUGAAACAUUUCUGCACAUAGUAGCUGGUUGCCAAUCGUAUCUAGAACGAUUCACGUGGAGACAUGACUCUUUUCUAAACUUCCUCGCAACAAACCUGCAAAUUGUAAGCGUGUUUCACCGGUCACCACCUUUCACAAAGCUCACCAAUAUCAAAUUAAAAUAACAUUCACAUUGUUCCUAGAUGAAAUAAUCCACAGAUUUUUGCGCGCUAACAUGUAUAUAAUUCAUAAGGAACUAAAAUGAAUUCUAAAGGAGAGCACGUGUAGUUUCAAGACCAGCUACCGGGGACCAGUCAGGGUUUAUUUUAAGAAAAAUUUAGAACUACACAUGUUAAGGAUGCUACGACGCAUCACGUGUUUGGCUGGGAGGUCAAAUGGUGUUUGACUGGGGGGGUCAAAGGUGUUUAUCUAUAUUAAACGUUGUAAAUUUAUAUUUAACGUUGUAAAUUAUGAUAGACUCUUAAUUAGUGUAUAGGUGAUAAAAAAAGUUGUGCUUGAGUAAGGCCAGAAAAACUCGAUUCUGGGUGGGGAGCUACAGGUAGGGGGUGCCCCCAAUUUUUUAAUUUUUGAUGGUCAUAAGUUCUGGCAAAGAUUUGUUUCUCCCAACCACCAACAAAAACUGUUUCAAAACAUGUAACUGGGAAUCAGGAAUACUCAAUAUAUAAUAACAGCAAAGAAUUUUAGGUUCUCCCACUUUAAUCUCUUUUGGAUAGCUUCGCUCGCACCAAUUUUACCUCCUGUUCCAUUACCUCCACCACGUAUGUGAUUUGUGAUGAAAAUAUGAAGGUCUUGUGGUCCCCUCCCAGAAAACAUUUAGAUUUUUUAUGCUCAAUGACAGCAUUUCUGGCAUCUGGAGCAUCCACAAGGAAAACGAGUAAAUGGGAAGACUGUUUUGAGGUUAUAUUUUUUUAAUUUGGUGGCUGCACAUUUGAGUUUUAGGAACUGCACAAAUGAGUUUAGAACUGCACAUUUUGUGUAGAACUGCACGUUAAAAUAAACCGCGUUGCGGGGUAGAAACGUGCUUCUGUGGUUAAGCAUGCUUGGAGACUGAUGAGAACAUAACCUUAGUUUGGAUACCAAACGGCAUGAGACUUGACCUGUAAAGCGAUAUCGAUAUAAUGGUACUUACCCAUGUCUUAGCAAUAUCAUACAAUAUCAUACAUAAACGAAGUGGUGUCAAGUAACGAAGUAAAUCUACUUCGUUACUGUACUUGAGUACUAUUUUUGAGAAGUCAGCAAGUAACAAAGUAAAAACUUUUUCUGCCGUACUUUUACUUGGGACGAAGUUGUUUUAAGAAGUAACGUUUUACUUCGUUAUUUUCAUUUUGUGGCGAAGUAUUUCGUUACUUUUUAACUUUCGUUUAAUUUUACGUGAUUUAUUCCUGAUUUAUUUUAAUUUUGGGAUGGGUAAUAGGACCUCUACAUGCGUCUGGGAUCUCUCGUUUGUGGCUUAAUUAUAAGCAUUAUUUAUUUAAUGGAUUUCUUAUAUCUCCAACGGGGUCUGAAAAGUAGACCAUGCUGUUCUCAGCAGUGGUACACGCUACAGAAAUAGUACUUUUACUUUUUACUGCAAGUAUUUCUUAAGGAUACUUUGUACUUUUUACUUCAGUACGUUUUGCUUCCAGUACUUUUUACUCCUGCUCAAGUCGUUUUAUUGUUAAUUACUUCUACUUUUACUCAAGCACAAAUUCAAAGGAAUUUUGGAACCACUGCAUAAAUGCACCGGGGUAGGCCUUCACGAUCCUCACCAACACAAUGAAUCAAGUCAUACACAUCCAUUAUAUUACUGCCAAUUUCAUUAUUAUUCAUGUCGAUCUCGUUCUAGUUUGUAUGCUUUCGUCACAACUUUUAUUCCACCUAUACUAUUAAAUUACUAUUUAACUUCAGUAUAACUUGUGUAUAACCAGCAUUAUUACUGUAUAUCGUCAUUAUAACUUGUAUAUCACAAGUGGCAUUACAAAUUGUGCAUCACGACUAUCUUCGAAAAUUGUAUUUCACUGCAUUGCGUCAUUAUUCUCUCACCAAUCCAAUUUCAUUAAUCCAUCACAAUGAAUAAAAAAUUCAUUUUACACCACUGAUAUUACUUAAUGUUCGCCCAAUACAAUGUGCAAACAGGUCAAGGAAAUUUUACAGCAUUCCAGGAUCCGAAUACCUGCAACCACAUUCUCUUUCCAAUUCUAAAUAAAAGAAACAAAAGAGAAAUAUACAACAAACAGCGUUAGAUUGAUAAAUUCCAUGCGGUAGUCGUCGUGCAACAUUUUAAUAGCAUGUUGUGCAUUGGAACAGUGUAUAGAUUUUGUUGCACAGGUCUGAAUUGCAUCGUUGAAUGUCGUAUAUUUUUUAUGUAAGGGUUUUCAUAACCAAAUGGCUGAUAUUUAACAAGGUUUCUGACGAUUAUCUCACACAAGGGUCAUGGAAAUGCGGAUUGUGUAAUUGUAAUGGCAUUGUGUUGUAUAGGCAUGGAAAAGUACAACAGCAAGGUGACGAAAAGGAUCAGGUUUAUCAUUCACGAAUUUGAUUGCCUACGUUGAUACAUAAUUUCACUCGUCAAUUCCCCGGAAUAAUAACUGAAAUAUUUUGCUCCCUAAUCCAUAAAUUUACUGAAUGCUAGAACAUGUUUAUUAUACGUUUCUCAGGGAAAUGUAAAUGUAGUGAUCGCAGUUAUAAAAAUGUAAUAUUAUAUUGUGUUUCUUUUCUUAGUGAAACAUCUGGAAUGGAAAUGUUGGAAGUACAUGUUCCUGAUACAACUAUCACCAGUUGGGUUGCAAAUGGUUUUGCUAUGUCUUCUAUUUACGGCAUUGGGAUCUCAAAUCAAGCAAUGUUGAAGGCUUUCCAACCAUUUUUUGUUCAAGUGACUCUGCCCUAUUCUGUAAUCCGUGGAGAAGAAACACCAAUCACUGUGACUGUGUUUAACUACCUGUCGUCCUGUGUUCCAGUGAGUGCACAGUUGUUUAUUUUUUAACAAAUUCAUGAACUAGGAAAACAGGGAAAAGAAAUCACGAACGUGAACGAUCUAGCAUAUCUGAUACAAAUACCUAUAACAAAAUUGUACUCGUAUGCAUUUCGUCUGGUUUAUCAGAUUUAUUAUAUACAUGACAAAUUACUUCAAUUUGAUUGGUUAAGAGGAGUAGAAUUUUUUCAUUCAAUUGAUGAUUUUCGUCAAAAAUCCAAUAUGGCGGUGAAAUUCAUCUUGUAUAAAUAUAAAUAAACGUGGACGAAUUUAACUAAAUUUUGGCGCAAGGAUUAGUUUAAAAAACUCAGUAUAGCAAAAAGAGCCAAUUUUGACAUAGUUUUUCAAAUAUUACUUGUACUGUUAGUCAUUAAUUGCACUCCUUCCCGUGUGACUACCUAUACUAAAUAAUUAGAGUACUUUCAUCAAGAUAGAAGAAUAACAAUUUUCAGCACAUACUCGAGAGGUGCCUAGCGGUCGUUCCAUUCCAGGAACCCUUGCACUAUUCACCUUCACAUCGAUCGCUACUAUUGAAAUAUUUCACGGCCUGGCGAGAAGUGUGGUGCCCAAAUAACAGAGCUAGUAUGAUAUACAUAUAGGUCUGUGACUCGGAAAAAGAGGACCACGUAUUUUCUGCUAUAUGAAAAAGGAUUUUCAGUCAACAAACAUUAUAUGCUCAAAUAUUAAUGUGAAAAACUAAAAACCGGACAAAUCAAAUCAAAUCAAGUCAGAUCAAAUCAAGGGAAAUCUCUAUCACACACAAAGGAUACCACACGCUUAUGACUUUUUUGUGUUUUCCUCAUGAAUCAUUAACGAGUUCUUGAAAUAUCUAUAAAAGGUUAUUAAAUAUCAAUGAAGGGUUGCAUUGCACAAAAAAGAUAGUUGCCAUAAAAUCUAGUCCUUGUAUGAACAUAUAUUUUUAUAAUCCAGUGUUAUAUCUACGGUAUUCUGAUACAGCAGAGCAACCGAUGCUCUUGCCGCAAAAAUUAGACAAAAAUUAUUUAACAAGCAGUGAAUGUGCGGAAAACUAAUACUACAAUUAACCCCAAAAUAACAAAGUAAUCGUAAUUUACGUUUCGGAUGCACGACAUCAUUAGAACAAUCGAGAUAAAUAUUAUAAAAUCCAUCAGCAUUCCACAUUCCGGGUAUCUUUCCCAUUCGCUGAGUAUAAAACAAUGCACUUUCUUCGGCAGUUGUAUCAAAAAUUUUAUAUUGCUGUAUCUAAUAGUUCUUUUCAUUUUCAGAUAAAACUUGAACUAAGUCGUAAAUCGGAGGACUAUAAAGUGACGUCAUUCCAUAUAAGCAAGAUGUGCGUUUGUAAAGAUGAUGGGAAAUCGGUCAAGUUCAAAAUUAUUCCAAAUAAACUUGGUCAUAUACCACUUACAGUUAAAGCAAUGACAUCUGAUGCAAAACUUUGUCCCAAAUCAACUGUUUACGCCGUUGAUGCUGUUACGAGAAAGUUACUGGUGGAGGUAGGUUUAAAUCUUCGCUAUAAUAUUCCGCGUUUUGGGUAACUUUUGCAGGGCACAAAGUAUAAUUAGGUGAUAUGAAGGGAGAGGGAGCAAGCUCAUUGUUGUGUGAUGCGGAAUUAAGGUGAAGUAAACACAAUAUAAAGAGUCGACAACAUCGAGGGCAUGCAAUUGAAAACGCAGCUGGGCAGAAAUCACCUUGUCUACAGAGUCAAAUAUGUGCUCUAAAGAAACGGAAAAGGCUUUCAGAAAACUCCCUUACUGUUAUUGACAUUGAUCACCGUCAAUGGUCAACUUGAAUUGCUGCUGAUAACGCUGCUUGAAGAGAUACAUACGUCAAGCUGUUUCGUCUUUUGAGAACAGUGGUAGAGAGAAACCAAGAGCUAGUAAGAGGAAGAAGAAGAAGAGGGAAGGCAAGCACCCGGUACAGAUGAGGCUUUUAUUUGCAGACCUGUGUUCUCGUCUGUUUAUCCCCAUUUAUACUCCUCAACCACCAGCAUGCACCCGACGUGGGCAUUGUAUAUACGGAUAUUUUGUGAAGCUAAUCCAUAAUGAUCGGGCAAUUAUAUUGUCAGUGAUAUGUGUCAAGUGUUGUCCUUGUACCAGAAACUGCGAAAUCAUGGUUUACGAAAUCUCGCACAGCUCAAGUUUGCUAUUAUUUCAAAAUAUGAGCUAUUUCCUAUAAAACGUCACAAUAGUCAUGAACUUUUGUGCAAACGAGAGGAUCUUGUAACAUCUAAAUUUGUUCUUAUGUUUCAGCUAUUUGCGUCCCACAACAAUGCCCACCCUACAUGCAUGCAUGCAAUUUGAACAUAAAUUGGAAAAAAGCACGUCAUAUAUUGGGCAAAUAAACUCCCACAUACCCACACUCUGAAAGGCUGUUACUUGAAAAGAUUGAAAACCCUUGCAUGGGAGUCGCCUAAGAGCAUGGAUAACAUUCCACAUUAAAUAUGCUUCGAAACGUUUUCAACACCAAACGAUACGAGAACAUGCGUUAAACAGAAUAGUAGUGCUUAAUGGCUUUAUAUAGGUAUAUCUAGUUUUCCGUUGUUCUCGUUAAACUUGUGCAGAUUGUCGUCACGGAUCGUUUUUGUUGACUUUGUUCGGUUAUUAUAAUAGCAUAUUGUUGCUAUUUUUAAGCAUUUUCUGGUUAUUGUUUUGAAUAGUUCUUAUACUCGUUUUUGAUAAUGUCGUGUUUGCGACAUUAUGAACAUUUCUCGCUAAAAGCCUGUCACACUAUUGCGUAUGAGAGAAACGUAUGAGAAGCGUAUGGAAAUUAAUGAAAUAAUUUUCAUACGCACAAAUAUCCUUUCAAAUGCCAGCGUAUGAGUACCGUACAUCUGGCGUACCUCUAGCGUAUUCAGCGUGUGCCUGGACUAUGCUUAUCGUAUAAACCAUACGUCCGAAUACGCACAAAAUUUUUGAGCAUGCUUAAAAAAAUUUUCUACCUUGCUGUAUGCCAGCGUAUGCCACCGUAUGCGAUCGUGCUUGAAACGUAUAAAACCUACGCCUAACGUACCCUAGCUUAUGUCAGCGUAUACCGGCGUAUGAGUGAUAUUUUUCAUACGCUGGCAUACACUAGUACGAUACGCAAUAGUGUGACAGGGCCUUAACCCCUGAAUUCUCUGUUUCAUUUUGAUAUCGACGUGCCAAGGAUUUCUCUCCGCAAUGGUAUUUUAGCAUAUUAAAAAAAAUCAGUCAAAUAAUAACCUGUCAUUUCGGGGUUUUUUCUAGCCUGAAGGAAUAAAACAGGAACAUAGCAAAGGAACUUUCUUUUGCGCUCCUAAAAAAGGUAAAUGUUAGUGAAAGCAAUCCGAAAUUUAGAUAAUGAAGCAAGAUUACUUUGUUUAAUAUCUGUAAAUCAAAUCUAGCAUAGAUUGGAAAUUGGGGAUUGUCUUCGUUCAACCAUUUGUGUACAACCAAUUAAAAAAAGGUUGUCCUUUGCAAACCUUAUUUACAGCUAAUUCAAUAAAGGUUGUCCAGUGCAAACCUUAAACUCUAAACCUUAAACAUUAAACAUUAAACUCUAAGCGUGCAAAGCGUAAUGGGAGCAUCAUUUAAUCAGUUUAGAAAUCAUAUAUGGGGCCCAUUUCUUCUUAGAGACAAGUUAAAUAAAUGAAAGGUCCCAUAUAUAUAAUUACUAAACUGAGUAAAUGAUGCUUCCAUUAGGCUUUGCACGGUUAGAGUUUAAUGUUUAAGGUUUAGAGUUUAAGAUCUGCAAAAGUCAACCUUUUUUGAAUUAGCUGUAUAUUGUUAUAGUAACAUCAUACAGUCGUUCUUGACAUAAUCAUUAUAGCGCUAAGCUUUGUCCUACUUUCCCUAACCAGGAAGCUACAGCGAGAUCAUUGAUUUAGCUAUUCCGGCAAAUAUCAUUCCUGGAUCCGUGCUACAAAAGAUAUCAAUUAUUGGUAAGCAUUACAAAUAAAUAGUUUUGACGAGUUUAAGACUUAUUGCUGUGAUCAAUUUCAAUUUGAUCAUAAUUUCUUAUGCAAGUUCUUAAAUUUUAGUGGGUAUUACUUCCAAUAUUCUCUUUCUAGGCGAUAUAAUGGGCCCAGCUCUGACAAAUCUUGAUGGACUACUAGCAAUGCCCUAUGGUUGUGGUGAACAAAAUAUGGCUAAAUUUGCUCCAAAUAUUUACGUCAUGGAUUAUCUUACCACCACAAAUCAGGUUACAAAGAAAAUAAAGGACGAUGCGAUACGUUAUAUGAAAUCUGGUAAGUUUUAA